UUAAAUUUCAUUACUAAAAAAUUGAAAUCGUAAAGAAGAAAAGAAAGAAGAAAAAAACAUAUGAGCUGAGUUUGUUAACCACCGUGAGCGUCAUCCAUGGGACGUGGUUGACGCGUGCGUGAUUUUAUUUUAAUAAAUGAAUUAACAGUGGAAGGAAAAAACAACAACGGAGCUGUAACUGUGAGGCGCCGUCUCUCUUCAACCUCUUCCCCUCCACUUUGCUUCUCUCUCUCCUCCCCGGGGGUUUUACAGUCAUAUCAUCGUCGGAGACUCUGCGAUUCUUCACGGAAUCGUAUUUCUCUCUCAGCGAUUUUUUUCGAUUCUCGAAGCUGCAAGGACCACCCAUCAAACAUUGAAACUCAAGCGGGAGAAAUUUUCUGGCUCGGGAGGGAAACUAUGGAGCCCUAAUGCCCAUUUUCUGCUGUCUAUGAGGUUUUUUAAAGAGUCCUUUAUACUCUCCCUGUUUUUGGGUGCUUCGCUCGCUCACUGAUUUUUGAUUCGUCGGAAAAUCUAUUUUCGAGCUCGGAUUUAUGUAAUUCCUUAUUCUCCUUCUGAUUGCGAUUGUUGUGUUCAUUAAGGGUUGUUGGGAUAUCGAUUAACGGCCCCUAUCGAAAAAAAUAAGGGUUGUUAUUAUUUUCAUUUCGCUUCAUGUUCAAGGCAAGUAUCUAUCUCUUCUUCUUGCUUUUGUAGUUUUAGAAUCUAAAUCCCAUGGCAUCAACGUUUCGAUUACUCUUUCAGGGAACUCCAUUUUUCUUGCAUUUGCUUUUUUUGAGGUAGAGUCUGUGCUCCUAUAUGAUUCCAUGGAUUCGUCGUAUACUUUCUCAACUGAGAAUGUUUGACUUAGAGAAUCUUCCAUUUUUUUUUUUGUCUUUCUCUUUUCAGUGUUACUAUCAUUUUAGAUCUUUUUUUUGUUUUUCCUUCUCUGGUUGACUGUGUUUGAGGUAAUGCUCAAAACGUGAUUCUUUGUGCUCAUUAUCUUUUCAUAUUCUAGUUUCUGGAAUCUUUCUGGGUAUUAAGCAUUUGAUGAUUUUAAAAUUGUAUAUUUGUUGAUUUUAUUGAGUUGACACCAGGUUUCUUGUUGACAUAUGCCCAAUUCAUUCUGAUCGUUGAUGAUGAUUGAUUCUUGUAUCCGUUCAAUGUAGGUUAUGUUUGGAUGAUAGAUACAUUUUGACUUUCUCAUACAAUGAGUACACGAAGAAAUGGCAUUUCCAAGCAUCAGCGAGGUGAUAAAUUUUGUGGUGAAGGGCCAAACUGGAUACUAAUUGCAGGGGGUGCAUUGUUGAGCACAUUGUCCAUUCGCUUUGGAUACAAGCUAAAGCAGUCGCUUGAUUCGAAACCUCAAUCAAAUGGCUCUGCUGGAUUAAAACCUAAUGGAACAUCUGAGAGGCAAAAAUCUACAAGCUGUUGCUUACACUCUACCACAUCUUCCUGUACACAAAAUAAUGAUUUUUGUUGCUUCCGCUCCAUUCCAGGAACUGAGAGUGUGGAAGGAAAAGAGGUGACAAGCGAGCAAAUGAUAUCCGCAUCUGACACUUCACUGCCUCUUGUGACAGUUCCUGCUCCAUCGAGCAAAGAGAAUGGAGUCAUGUGGGCAACUUCUCCUGAUCGCCUGGAACUUCCCCCAAGACCAUACAAUCACAAUUCAAACUGCUCAGAUUCUCCUUGCGUAUCUGAAACCAGCUCAGACAUUUUCAGCAAACGAGAAGUAAUACAGAAACUAAGGCAGCAGCUGAAGAGACGGGAUGACAUGAUACAGGAAAUGCAAGAACAGAUUCUAGAGCUGCAAAACUCGUAUAACGCACAGACGGCACACUCAAGCCAUCUCCAGGCACAGCUAGACACACUGAACAGAGAUCUGUUUGAAUCAGAAAGAGAAGUUCAAAGACUGAGAAAGGCAAUUGCUGAUCACAGCGUGGGAUGUGGCGCGGACAGCAAUGGCAAGACAUCUCCGGUUGGACCUUGGAAUGGCGGGUUUAUGGACAGCGAAAGCAAUUAUGAGUCACAAGAAAAGAGCCUAAGGGAUGGAGAAAGAGUAGAGAUGUUGAGAAAGGAAGUGAGUGAGCUUAAAGAAGUGAUAGAUGGGAAAGAGUAUCUACUUAGAAGCUAUAAGGAGCAGAAGAUUGAGCUUUCGCAGAAGGUAAAAGAGUUGCAGCAGAGACUGGACUCACAGCUCCAAAACUUAUUGUAGGUGGAAAGGUUAGGCAUUGUGCAUACUUGCGUCUCUUAUUUUUUUUUUCGGUUCUUUUUCCUUUUUCGAGAAAAUGAAUCUUAGUAUGUACUAAGAACGGUGGAGAUCAAGAUUUUCAGGUUCUUUCUGGCUUUCUGCUUUCGUUUUUGAAUGUCUUGAUUCUGUUUUUUCUUUCAACAUUUGGUGUAAAGGUAAAUAGAUAGUUGUUGAAGAAUUUACCGCGGGAAUAGCUCUC